UGACCCGGAAGCAGUUGUGGAAACAUAGGCUUGCACUUCCUACUUCGCCACCAUGGAGCCAUCCGUGUAUGAAGAUGAGGUUGAUGACUGGUUUAUCGAAUCCUUACAUCUGUAUGGGGAUCUCCAUUUGUUUGAACUUCAAGAUCCGACACGAGUCAUCGAAUGGACUGGAGGAAAAAGUAUCUGUGUAGCUGGCUAUGGAGCUAGUAGCACAAGGAAUGAAAUCCUGCAGCUGGCACUGCCUCAGAAACUCUUCGUGAAAGAAAACCAGGGCCUGUGCCCUGAACGAGACUUCAAGGUGGAGCACGGUGGCUUCUCAGACACGCCCAUCGAUUGCCUGAAGCAUGUCUCUGGAACAAGGACGCUGGUGUCCAGUGGUCCCUCAGACAACACUCUGCACAUCUGGCAGAUAGGAGACGAAGACAGCGAUGUCAUCAGAAGAGCCGGAGUGAUCGAACCGGAGGUCCGGGUGAAGGCAGGGAGCAGGGUUGCCUCCGGGGUUUCCAGGACGCCUUGUGUCCUUCAUGCCUCUCGGAUCAAAGACCUGCAGAUCACCGAGCUGGAAUCGCGACGGGUGCUCUACUCAGUGGCUGCAGACUGCGCGGACAGGGUGAGCGGCCUGGAGUUCCUGGCCGCCGACGUGUUCCUGGUCUGCGCAGACAGCGGGGGCCUGUGGCUGUGCGACGUGAGGGACCCCGCCGGUCUGCGGCCCACAGCCACCCCCGAGGGGCAGGGCCCGCGCUGGCGCAUGGGUGUAAAGAAGGGGCAUUCCCACGUGGAGGCUGCCUCCGGCUCUGUGGCGCGGCUGUCCUCCUCCUGCCAGGUCCUCGUCACAGAUCUGCGGAGUCCGAGAAGCCCCCUGUGCCAAGCCAGGCUGAAUAUUCACCACGACAGCCCCAAUGCUGACUUUAUGGCUGUGACCUGGGCUCCGGCUUUAGACGACUGUCUGGCUGUGUCAGGUUUCGACGGAGCUGUGCGCGUGUACGAAACAAAGGCCUGGAGCCCGAACGCCGCGGAAGCAGAGCCUCUGUUUGUUCACAAGGGCCACAGCCUGUCGCACGGGCCCGAGAGCGGCCGGGGCGCGGCUGUGGUCACCACACACGUCUGGCACCCCUGGAAACCCAGGACAGUGCUGUCUGCAGCCACCAAUGGGUCUCUGCAUGUCUGGGACUGGGUCGACAACCAGGCCAGCGGCCGGUAAAGGCAGCGGAGGAUUUCACAGGGACCUGCCUUUGGAUUGGGGGGCGGUGGAACACUUCCCCUGCCCCAGUGUGAAGAAACUGGACAUCUUGUCCAAUGAGGUUUCUAUAGGUUGUGGAAAAAACUGUACACUCAAAGACUGCUAUCAGCAUGACUGUAGCCUGUGCUCUUUUUGGGUACUGCAGGAAAAAGUCAAAUGAAUCAUUUACUGUAUACUUGAUUUUCACAGCUAAUUUUUUUUGUAUAUAUAAACCUCAAUUCUGCUGCUGCUGAAAGGAGUAGCAUAUUUUUUUCCUUGUGAGAUUAAUCAAAAUUCUAAUGAGAAAACCUUCUGCAGCCUAACACAUAGUAAUGCACAACACCUCAUUAGUUCCUUUAACGUAAUGCCUUACCUGGCUGCUUUACAGGUAAUUGGGCUAAUUCUGUUUCAGGAUACUGACUUGCAGUUUUAAUUUUCUUUAUGUAAUUUAACAAAGCAUCUUUCAACAGCUUCAAACAAGGAUGGCUUGUCCUUAGGAUUGUUUCAGUAUCUUUCACAACUUUUACUGCAGUGAAGUAAACUUAAUUUGUACACAGCUUUUUGUGUUAGAAUAUUAAGUUUCAUACUUUAAACAGUCAAUACCGUCUUUCAUCAGCAAGAUAUCUUAUUCCCAAGUUAAGUGUAAUUUAUAUAUCUCUUUAAUGGAAAGAUCAUAAGAGAAUCAUUGGCUUUUAUAUGCAACAAUUCAUUCAAAGCCUUCACUACUGGUUUGUAUCAUAAUAUUGAUGUUAUUUAUACUUCUUAGUCUGCUUUCAAAGAAAGAAGGUGAUGGUUAGAUUUUUAAAAGAAAAUCAUAUUUGCAGUUGCUUAAAUACCCUUUGCCUAGAACAUCUUUAAAUCAGUAGAAGUACAAAAUACACUAUUUUGUAUCUAUUUUCUGUAAUGGACUCUUUACUCUGUAAAGGCAAAAUGACUAUUGAUCUUACUCUUGUGACCAACUGUUGAGAUCUUUAAUGACCAAGUAAUCAGGACUCCAGUUGAAUAUACUUUUUUAUGUAUAAAGACAAAAACAUUAA